CUGGUAAAAGGAGCCUCCUGAACACAUUGCACUACCUGUUUGAGUCUCAGAAUCGUGGGCUGGCUCAGGCCACACUGGGAUCUGUGGAAAAACUUUCAUUCAGUGAAAUGACACUGACCCCGAUUGACUGCGCGGUCCUGUCUAAUGCCAUCGGACUCUGUGAUACCAUAAAACACCUCAACAUCGGAAACUGCCACAUUCAGUGUGAAGGAAUCCAGCGGCUGGGACCCGGGCUGCACAAGUGCCAGGAGUUGAGACUGAGUUUUAAUAAACUGGGAGAUUCAGGAGUGAAACUGGUAUCUGCGGCUCUGAGGAACCCGGAGUGUAAAAUACAGAGUCUAAUGCUGUGGGAUGUCGGUCUCAUGGAUUCUGCUGCCGAGGAUCUCGCCUCCGCUCUCAGUACAAGCCCAUCACUGACGGAGCUGGACCUGGGUGAAAAUAAACUGGGAGAUUCAGGAGUGAGACUGAUGUCUGCGGCUCUGAGGAACCCGGAGUGUAAAAUACAGAAACUGUGGCUCACCAAGGUCGGUCUCACAGAUUCUGGUGCCGAGAAUUUCGUCUCCGCUCUCAGUACAAACCCAUCACUGACGGGGCUGGACUUGAGGUGGAACUCGCUGACAGACCGAUCUGUCCCCGCUCUCCGCCGCCUCAUACUGACCCUCCCGAGUCUGGAGUGGAUCUGGCUGUGGGGGAAUCCGUUCAGUGAGACCGGAGAGGAGGAACUGAGUUCUCUGCAGGAACCCAGACCUGGACUGACAGUGAUUCUGUGAACAUCUGAAUGUGUGAACAUCCCCGCCAGCGGGGUGGGGACAUUUUUGCCGAUUCCCCGCCCUCCCCUUUAACCCCCGCUUUAACUUUCGCCCUUACCUUGAAUAGCCGCGCCCCAGGU